UUCGCGGUUUCUUGCAUGCAGCCUAUAAAUCCGGCCGGAGCACCCAGCUCUGCCCCAUCUCAUCUCACACACCACUACUCAUCUUGCCUCACACACUUCACUGCUAGCUACUAGUUCAUUUGCUUGCGUUCUCGUGCCACCAACCUCGAUCGCCAAGAUGUCUACGGUGAGCUGCGCCUACCUCGACCAGAGGCUCGCUGCCGCCAACCGCUGCUCCGAAGAGGCUGCCAUGGCCGGAGCCAAGGCCGCGGCUGUCGCCACCAUCGCCGCCGCAGUCCCCACCGCAAGUACACGUUCUUGCAAGCACCCCCAAGAUCCAUCCAACAAUCAUGCAUCUCACUGUCUUCUUCCUCCGUGCCUUUCUCUGCAGCUGGCGAGCGUGAGGAUGCUGCCGUGGGCGAGGGCGCACCUGAACCCGACCGGGCAGGCCCUGAUCAUCUCCACCGUCGCCGGGAUGGCCUACUUCAUCGUCGCUGACAAGACCAUCCUCUCCAUGGCCAGGAAGCACUCCUUCCAGGAUGCGCCGGAGCACCUCAAGAACACCUCCUUCCACUAGUUAGAUCCAUUAUUAGUAAUCCCAGUAAACCUUGUGCGCCAAAGUGCAUAGCGUACAGUGAUCAGCAAGGGAGGUCAGGGAUGCUCCUGGAUAGUCUUGUACUGCGAGUGCAAUUUCUCAUUUCAUAAUAUAAUUUUCAUCAUGCAA